AUGAGCAGCAUAUCGUUCGCUGCGUCGACGUCUCAGAAUGGGACGCCAGGGGAGGUGCAAGAGGGAGUGCAGCGGGCACUGGCGGCAGUGAAGCACGCGCCAGCAGGCACGCCGCUGUCGGUGCUGCAGCGGCAGCUGGCGUCCGUGCUCACACCGUUCGCGGAUAGAUUGGACUCGCGCGCUCUGAGCAGCAUCAUGAAGCAACAAGAGGCGGACUGGCGUGUCGUGCUGGCGCUCUACGAUUGGAUGGCGGGGCAGGGCAUUCCGCGCAGCAUCCACGUGUACACGGUGGUGCUCUCGUGCCUGGGGCGCGCAGCACAGUGGAACCACCUGCAAUCCGUUUUGGACGAUAUGGCAAGACUAGGAGUCCCAAUGGACGAGUACGUGUACAACACGCUCAUAGUCGCCUACUCCAAUGCGGGUCGGUUCAACGACGCGUUGGGGUGGUUUGAGCGCAUGGAGAAGGCAGGGUGCAUGCCCAACCAGGUCAUUUACACGACAGUGAUGAAGCUGUUUGCACGGGCGGGCAGGACUGAUGGUGUGGCACGCAUUGCCGCCCUGCUCAGGGAGGAGGGCAGCAGGGAGGGCGGCCUUUUUCGGCUGGAUUCUAAGACGAUAUGCGCGCUGAUCGCGGCGUACAACAGCAUGGGGGACUUGAAGUCGGCUCAGGAGACGACCCUCGGUUCCCCUUCCAUUCCCUCCCCAUCCACUUUCCUUUCUAUCUUCCCUCCCCCUUCCUCUCUCCCACACUUUAUCCCCUUUUACCUCCUCCCCACCUUUUGGCCUCUCCCUAUCCCCUCCUUUUACGUCACCCUUCUCCCUUCUCCCUCGCCCGCCAACCCCUACUGUCCAGGUGUUGGAGCUCGCACGAGCAGGCACGCCCCCAUACCCCUUGGUGGGGCAGCGAAUGGACUGCAGCAGCAGCCGCUCUCCACCGCACAGAACCCAUCCCUAGUCUCCCUCUCUCCUGCAUGCCCAUCCCCCCUGCAUACCCGUCCCUCCCUAGGCGGCGCGGGCAGGCACGCCCCCACACCAGGCGAGUGGGACGUGGUGGUUUGGAAUGCCAUGGUAGGGAAGUGGUGGGGCUGUAGUGGCAGCUGCUCUCCACCGCACAGAACCCGUUUAAAUCCAUCCCCUGCUGCGUACAUGUCCCUCCUGCUUGCCCUUCCUUCCCUCCACCAUCCACAGGUGUUUGAAUCAGCACGAGCAGGCACGCCCCCAGGCGAGUGGGACGUGGUGGUGUGGAACGCCAUGGUGGCCGCGUAUGGGCUGCAGCAGCUGCUCUCCACCGCACAGAACCCAAUUAUAUCUCUCUCCUGCUGCGUACUCUCCCCUCCUGCAUGUCCCUCGUCUACAGCACGAGCAGGCACGCCCCCAGGCGAGUGGGACGUGGUGGUGUGGAACGCCAUGGUGGCCGCGUAUGGUCGGGCGGGCAAGGUGAGGCAGGCGGAGGAGCUAUUGCUGCAGAUGGAGGCACAGGCGGAUGGGGGAGACAGGGCGGAUGGGAGGGAUGGGGGGGUGGAUGCGGAGGGGGAUGGGGCUGAUAGCGCGGAUUGGGGCAGUAUAGAACCCGAUUGGGGGAGUGUUGAGGUAGAUGGGGGGAGCCUUGAAGCGGACGGGGUGGGUCAGGGCGUGGGACAACCAGGCAGAGCCGAUUCAGUGGGUAGGGUGCAAGUGCAAGGGGGUUCUGGGUCGAUUAUCCCGUCGACUCAAGAUGUGGCCAGAGUGCAAGGGGGCGUUGAGGGCUCUGAAAAGCAUCUGGGCAGUGUUGUUAACGGGGUAGAUCGGGCAGCAGGGGAGUUGCGUCUCAUGGCCCGGGGAUUCUACCCGCUAACCGUGACUUUCAACACGCUCUUCUCGCUCUACGCCUCUCUCUUUGCUACCUGCCCCCCCUCAUUCCCUCUGCUCUCGUCUCCCUCAACAGCGUCUCAUGGCCCGCGGAUAUUACCCCUCAACCCGUCUCAUGGCCCGCGGAUUCUACCCCUCAACCGUGACAUUCAACACUCUCUUCUCGCUCUGCCUCUGGACGUGCCUCUAUGCCUCUAUUCCAGAGAGGCCCCUCUGGGCUACCGCUCGCGCCACUCUCUGAUUGGCCUUCGUCUUAUGGCCCGGGGAUUCUACCCGUCAACAGUCACAUUCAACACGCUCUUUUCGCUCUACGCCUCGCUGCCCUCCUCCUCCUCCUCGCUCGCUGCUGCCCGCCGCCUGCACGCCCUCAUGCUGCACAUGGACGUCCCUCUGGACGUCUACUCCUGCUGCUCUCUCAUUGGCCUGCUCAGCCGCUCCGGGCAGGUUGAAGAAGCCGUCGGGCUGUUUGAAAGAAUGAAAGCGCAGGGCGUGCAGCCGGACUCGCACCCGGACUCGCAUGUCUUCAUCAGUGCAAUGAUCGCCAUGUUCGCCCGGCACGGCAAUUUGGAGUUGGCGCUGAGAACCAAUGCUCAACUCUUUCCCCUUCCUUCUUUCCCCGCCAACCAACCACAUCCUCCCCUUCCCCCAACCACCCCCCCCCACCAGCCGGACUCGCAUGUCUUCAGUGCAAUGAUCGCCAUGUUCGCCCGCCAUGGCAAGCUGAAGUCGCCACCCGGACUCGCACGUCUUCAGUGCGAUGAUCGCCAUGUUCGCUCGGCACGGCAAGCUGAAGUCGCCACGUUUCCCCGCCAACCACAUCCUCCCCUUCACCCCCACCCCCCCUACCCCCCCACCCACCAGCCGGACUCGCACGUGUUCAGUGCGAUGAUCGCCAUGUUUGCCCGCCAUGGCAAGUUGGAGUUGGCGCUGAGAACCUUCCAGGAGAUGAAGGCGGCGGGGUGUGCAGUGGACAUGCCAGUGCUGACGUCCAUGAUCGGCGUUUACCACCGCCUGGGGCUGCUGGAAGAGGCGUCAGCAGCAGCAAUGGAUGCCAUUGGGUGUGCAGUGGACAUGCCAGUGCUGACGUCCAUGAUCGGCGUUUACCACCGCCUGGGGUUGCUGGAAGAGGCGUCUGCAGCAGCAAUGGAUGCUAUAACCCAGGGCAGCGGCCAUUUGGACGCUGUCUGUGUCUUCAUAUCUCUUUCUUUCUCCCCCCGCUCAGACCCAGGGCAGCGGCCAUUUGGACGCUGUCUCAAAGCAGGGCAGCUGGACGCCGCGGAAGCGCUCUUUGCUGAGAUCCUGGUGAGUGGUUGGGUGGGUAUGGUUGGGAGGGAGUGGUUGGGUGGGUAUGGUUGGGAGGGAGUGGUUGGCAAGGCAGGCCAGUUGGAUGCUGCUGGAGCGCUCUUUGCUGAGAUCCUGGCGGAUGAGUCAGGGAGCAUAGCGGACCUGGCAGCACACACCACGAUGAUCAGCGUGUACGGGAAGCACAGAGGGCUUGCUUUAGGUUGCAACUUUCACCCCAUUCUUCCCCCACUCAACUCGUCUCCCCGUCUUCCAUCCCCCUUCUCCAGGCGGAUGAGUGGGGCAGCGGAUGAGUGGGGCAGCAUAGCGGACCUGGCAGCACACACCACCAUGAUCAGUGUGUAUGGGAAGCACUGGGUGUCACAGUGCAUGGCUUACCUCUCCCUUUUUUCCCACUUAUCACUGGUCCCUUCCCUUCACCACACGCGCCCCUCCAGGCGGAUGAGCGGACGAGUCAGGCAGCAUAGCGGACCUGGCAGCACACACCACCAUGAUCAGCGUGUAACGCAUCUCUCCCCCUUCUCCCACCCACCACUUGUUCCCCCCCACCACGCACGCACGCCCUUCCAGGCGGACGAGUCGGGCAGCAUAGCGGACCUGGCAGCACACACCACCAUGAUCAGUGUGUAUGGCAAGCAUGGGCUGGUGGAGAAGGCGAAGGUGCGUGAUGGAUAG